CGGGACAAACUCUCCUACUAUUCCUCAUGUGUUUCAUGUGAAUUUUGAAUUUGUUUCUGCAGAGCUUAUUGAACAUGAAGACACACAGAUGCAGUUCCAGUUCUUUUUAAAUGACUUAUCUCAACAUACAUAGAAGUCAGGAAUAUGAAAGAUACCUAAGAGUUAAAAAUAUUACAAGGGAACAUAAGAUUUUUGUUUGCAACAUACUGUUCCUCUGAAGAGUACCAGUUGGAAUCAAGAUCAGAAUGAAUUUCUGCUUAUUGCUGCCUUUUACGUUGGGAAUUCCUCUCCUAUUGCCUUGCCUUAUAGCAACAGAAAACUCUAAAACAGAGGAAGUUAAGCACCCAGCGGGAUCUCAUUUGAGAGUGAGGCGGGGCUGGAUGUGGAACCAGUUUUUUGUACCAGAAGAAAUGAAUAAGACUAGACAUCACAUUGGCCAGCUAAGAUCUGAUUUAGACAAUGGGAACAACUCUUUCCAGUACAAGCUUUUGGGAGCUGGAGCUGGAAGUAUUUUUGUCAUUGAUGAAAGAACAGGUGACAUAUAUGCUGUACAGAAGCUUGAUAGAGAGGAACGGUCCCUCUACACUCUAAGAGCCCAGGUAAUAGACAUCACUACUGGAAGGGCUAUGGAACCUGAGUCUGAGUUUGUCAUCAGAGUGUCGGAUAUCAAUGACAAUGAACCAAAAUUCCUAGAUGAACCUUAUGAGGCCAUUGUACCAGAGAUGUCUCCAGAAGGAACAUUUGUCAUCCAGGUGACAGCAAGUGAUGCUGAUGAUCCUUCAAGUGGCAAUAAUGCUCGUCUCCUGUACAGCUUACGACAAGGCCAACCGUAUUUCUCCAUUGAACCAACAACAGGAGUCAUAAGAAUAUCUUCUAAAAUGGAUAGAGAACUGCAAGAUGAGUAUUGGGUGAUUAUUCAAGCCAAAGACAUGAUUGGUCUGCCUGGAGCACUGUCUGCAACAACAAGUGUAUUAAUCAAACUUUCUGAUGUUAAUGACAAUAAGCCUAUAUUUAAAGGCAGUUUAUACCGCUUGACUGUCUCUGAAUCUGCAUCUGUUGGGAUGUCGAUUGGAAAAAUCAUGGCAUAUGAUAAUGACAUUGGAGAGAAUGCAGAAAUGGAUUACAGCAUAGAAGAUGAUUCAAAAACGUUCGAUGUCAUUACUAAUAAUGAGACCCAAGAAGGAAUAAUUAUAUUAAAAAAGAAAGUAGACUUUGAGCACCAGAACCACUAUCGUAUUAGAGCAAAAGUUAAAAACCGCCGAGUUGAUGAGCAGCUCAGGAAAUACCAUACUGAAGCUUCCACCACUUUCAUCAAGAUCCAGGUGGAAGAUGUUGAUGAACCUCCUGUUUUCCUCCUCCCGUAUUACAUAUUUGAAAUCUUUGAAGGAAGCCCGUACGGAUCAUUUGUAGGCACAGUCUCUGCCACAGAUCCAGAUCAGAGGAAAUCUCCUAUCAGGUAUUCUAUUACCAGAAGCAAAGUGUUCAGUAUUGAUGACAAUGGUACAGUCUUCACAACUAACCCUCUUGAUCGAGAGAUUAGUGCUUGGUAUAACCUAAGUGUUACAGCCACAGAAAAAUACAGUAUAGAACAGAUUUCUGCAGUCCCUGUGUAUGUGCAGGUUCUCAAUAUCAAUGAUCAUGCUCCUGAGUUCUCCGAAUACUAUGAGACUUACGUUUGUGAAAAUUCAGUCUCUGGUCAGGUGAUUCAGACCAUCAGUGCAGUAGAUAGAGAUGAAUCCAUAGAAGAUCACCACUUUUACUUUAAUGUAUCUGUGGUAGAAAAUAACUCAAGUUUUACAAUCAUAGAUAAUCAAGAUAACACAGCUGUAAUUUUGACGAAUAGAACUGGUUUCAGCCUUCAAGAAGAGCCUGUCUUCUACGUAUCCAUCCUAAUUGCUGACAAUGGAAUCCCAUCACUUACAAGCACAAACACCCUUACCAUACAUGUCUGUGCCUGUGGUGACAGUGGUAGCACACAGGCCUGCAUUAAUAAGGAUCUUAUGCUUUCCAUGGGAUUCAAGACAGAAGUCAUAAUUGCUAUUCUGAUAUGCAUUAUGAUAAUAUGUGGGUUUAUUUUUUUGAACCUAGGUCUGAAACAAAGAAGGAAACAGACUCUAUUUCCUGAGAAAGGUGAAGACUUCAGAGAGAAUAUAUUCAGAUAUGAUGAUGAAGGUGGCGGAGAGGAAGAUACAGAGGCAUUUGACAUAGUGGAGCUGCAGGGCGGCACGGUCAUGCGGGAACGCAAGACUCGGAGAACCACCAGGGUAGAGAUUCGGAGCCUGUACAGGCAGUCUUUGCAGGUUGGCCCAGAUAGUGCCGUAUUCAAGAAGUUCAUUCUAGAAAAGCUCGAAGAGGCUAACACUGACCCCUGUGCCCCUCCUUUUGACUCCCUCCAGACCUAUGCUUUUGAGGGGACGGGGUCCUUAGCUGGAUCCCUGAGCUCCUUAGGGUCAGCAGUCUUUGAUCAGGAUGAGAACUAUGAUUACCUUAAUGAAUUGGGACCUCGCUUUAAAAGAUUAGCAUGCAUGUUUGGUUCUGCUAUGCAGUCAAAUAAUUAGGGCUUUUUUAUGAAUACAGUUUUAAAAAUGCUAAUGUGUAGUUGGGCAAACUGGUAGUCUCUUGGUAAAGAGUUGUAUACUCCGGUUCUCUGGAAAAAGGAAAAGACCCAAUUUCUAAUGUUUUCUGAUAUUCUUGGGGUAAGUAUCCCAUGGUUAUUUCAAGCUACCCGUACAUGGUCACCGACUGCAGGUAUGGGAAGUGAAGCUUGCAGUCAGCUCUCGGGUGCCAAUGCAGGCCAGCUCUAGCGUGCCCCUGAAAUACUCCUCUGACAUGUUUUCAAUACCACCCAAUACAAAUUCUCAAAAUUUUUGAAAGUUUAAUGUGAAAAGGGCCCUGAACUAGAAUGUCUUAAUAUUAUUUCAUUUAUCCAUUUUUUAAAUCUUACAAAGUUAGAGUGAAGAGUUUAUGUGUGUUA